AUGGUCUACUCUCUGGCCUAUCGCCGCCCAUCGCACAUUGCCUCAUCCUCGGCGGAGUCACUCAGCGGCGCAGAAAAACAAGAGUCCAUCAAUGAGUCGAUACAGUCUGGCAUCUCCUCCAUGAGCCAUGGUAUCCCACCAGCGCUGUCAUUUGAUCGCAUCAUCGCUGGCGGAACGUGCCCGCCGGUCACUGUACGAGACUUUAUGAACUACGCCAAGUACAUCGAACACUCUUCGGAGAAUCUUCAGUUCUUCCUGUGGCACCGUGAUUACACUGCCAGGUGGGAAAACUUGCAGAGUAGCGACAAGGCACUAGCACCAGAAUGGACAACGAGCCUUGCUGAGGCCGAUACUUUCUCACCUGCCCGCCCCAAGCGAGUGCCGGCACAGAUCAUGGAGAUGUUGAAGAAUACAGACUUUGCCGAUCAUGCCAAAGGACCGGUCGAUCCAUUCUCCUCUGCACCAAAGGCAGCGUCUUUCGAGGACAGAGGAGACAAUCCGUCAGACUACGGCUCAUCUUUUGGCGACGACAAGACUCUGCUCAACAGCAACGUCAGCGGCUAUCGUGUCGCAGCUGAGCAUGCGUUCGAGGAUGCUGGCAUGAAGUGGAAGCCUUUCUCCGCUCAGCCGUGCCGUGAGGAGGUGACACGGAUCGUCAGCAUUUACAUUGCGGAAAACAGCCCUCGUGAGCUCAAUAUCUCCUCCAAGGAGAGACAAGCCGUCCUGCACGCGCUGCAGCACACGACUCAUCCAUCUGCGUUCCGCGAUAUCAUCAGCACAGUUGAAUACUCUCUGCGGAAGCAGGCCCACCMAAACUUCAUACGCUGGAGCAUCUGCAAUGGCAACCGGCCUCGUGUGAUCUUUGCACGGGGUCUAGGCGUCGCGUGUAUCCUGUUCGGUUUCGUUGCGAAUUUACUCAUUACGCUCAGCUCUGCCGGGCGGGUCUGGAGAAUCUUGCCCAUCGUCGGAUGGCUCCUUGGCAUUUCCACACUGAUUGCAGCAUGGAAGGGAAUGUGCGUAGUGUUGCAUGGCCUGCAUCACCGUCACCUACGACCCUGGGAGUUGUUCACGGACGACGCAGAGGAAGCCAUGGAUGAGAAGCUGUCGUCUGCAGAAAGUCUGGGCCACAUCUCGCCCAAAUCGUGCGAAGAAGAGCCUUGGGUUCCGCGCUAUAAGAAACGCAACCUCAUCAGGAAAAUCUUCGACCGCGAGAUCUGGAUUCAGGAACCCGCUCUGCGGCAAAUCCAGGACACGAUCUUCUUGCAAGCGGUUCUAGGUGCUGUCGUUUCCUCGGCCAUCAUCGUCGGCAUCUUUUGUGCGGUACCGUCCGGUCAUCUGUUCUAG